CUCCUACACCUCACGCACACCACACCUGACAGGCAUCAGGAGACGGAGAGGGCCAAACCAGCGGUCGUGCGCCGGACUGCCGGAGGCAUGGACGCCCGACGACAACGACGGUCGCCGUCGUGCUCGUGCUCGUGGGCGGCCGCCGCGCCUCUCCUGCUGCUCCUGGCGGUGUCCUUGGGGGGUGGCCACCACGCGGCUGCAGCGUCGGACGGAGCCGUCGUCGGCGGCGCCCCAGCCCCAGGCGCCGCCGGCAUGACGGAGCUGCAGAAGCACGUGGCGUUCUUCGACCGCGACCACGACGGCAUCGUCACCUUCGACGAGACCUACCAAGGUCUGGUGGACGUCGGAGUUGGCGAAGUCACGGCCAAAGCCAGCGCCGCUCUGAUCAACGGCGCCCUCGGCGCCAAGACCAGACCAGACAAUGCCAACACCUCGCGCAUGGAUAUCUACAUAGAGAACAUCCAAAAGGGUAAACAUGGAAGCGACACAGGCGCCUACGACGCUCAAGGAAGGUUUGUUCCCGCCAAGUUCGAUGAGAUAUUCACCAAGCACGCCAAGACCGUGCCGAAUUCCCUGUCAAAAGACGAGCUCGACGAGAUGCUCAAGGACAACCAGGAGAAGAAUGACUUCGCAGGAUGGUUGGCAGCCAAGUCAGAGUGGGAGAUGCUGUACAAGGUCGCCAACAAGGACGGGCGCCUGCCCAAGGACACUGUGAGGGCCGUGUACGAUGGAACCCUCUUUUACCAGCUGGCGGCGCAUCAGGAGAAGAAGGCCUGAUUCAUUUAUGUUUUCUGUAAUGCAAGCAGCAUUUUUCAUUUUUCAAUGGUUGCCUUUGUAAGAAUAUAAUGAUAGCGAUGGAGUCAAUGGCAGGCAACAGUUUUUUAUUUUAACCCGUCGGUUCUACCCCAUGUAUAUUAAUAAUUGGGUUCUAUCGAUCUAAAAAAAAGUUCAGACUA